AUGAGCUGCAGAGCUUUGGGUCUGGGACUCCUGGCCCUCAGCCUCGGAGUGACCGCGACUCGAAACGAGCCUGGAGCAUCCUUCCUCGGAGUCCAUGAGGGCCGUGACAAGGAGCGGAUGGCGAUGGUGCCCGGUGCGAUCAGCAGAGCUCUCCAGGGUGCCGCGCGGUCUUCGAAGGUCCAGGUCAAGGCGCUGAGCGACGCGCAGGACGAGGCAGGGCAGGGGAUGACCUAUGAGAACCUGAUUCAGACUCUUCUUGAACCGGGCUAUGAUUUAACAGAGACCAGCAGGAAAGCCAAGCUAGAGUUCGCCGCCGCCAAGAAGAUGGCACUCCUUGAAGAUGCAAAGAGACAGGAGACAGCCUGCGAGGAGGAGGAGACAAGGGGAAAUCACAGUUGUUUGUUGCUGGUACCUGCUGCUGAGAGAAAGAAGCGCGAAGCCCUGGUGAACCUCGAGAAGGCCAAUUCAGAGCAUACGAUGCACUCAGCGGCCCUCGACCAAGCCAGAGACUUGUGGAACAAGUUGAGUUCAGAGCUUGAAGUUCUUCAAAAAGGUGUCAAGGCGCAGGAGACGGCGCUUAUGGAGACACUCUACGCGAUGGAGACGGCGCUGGAUGCUAAGAAGAAGGAAGUGGAAGCGAAGCGAGAACAGCGCGAUGCUGCACAAGCGGACAUGACGCUGAAGGAGGACAAGGUGAAGGCUGCUGGACACCUGAAGAAAGAGAGCGAGGAACAGCAGAUGGCAGCCGAAAAGAGGUCCCAGCAAGCGCAGGAGGCACUGGAGGAGAUCCGGACGAAAGUGAAGGAAGCUGUGGAAGAAGCCUUAAAGGCGCAGCUCGAGCAGGCAGAGGCUGCCGACCAGCUCACAGAAGCUCAGCGGAACCACGAAAGGGGCGCGGAGAGCAUGCGUCUGCUGCGGAAAUUGAAAGCUGCCGUGGAGGACUUCUUCUCGGCGAUCGAUGCUCUGGAUCAAAGCAUGAUGGCUGGAACCGGCAAGGCCCACGAGCGGAUCCUCAUUGAUCCCAAUCUCGAACCGACUCUCAGAAAGUACAAUCUCAUGGUGGCAGCCUUCGGCGAUGUCUUCAGCUUUGAUGAUGCCGUCUUCAAAAAGAUAGAGCCUGCCAUCGAGCAGAUCGUCGACAACACAAAGGCCGACUUGGAGCUGCUUUGCGACCCAACUCGGGAGUUGGGCCAGAGCAUGGCAGAAAGUCCGGAGUUGGAGGAGAAGUGCUGGACGAACCUUUGGCAGAAGGUCGGCAUCAAUGAACUUCCGUUCCCGGGCCAGGAAACCGACCAAGUUUCAGGAAAUCCCAACUUCGAGGCCUCCAUUGAUGCUGAAAUCGUAGAGGACAAUAGGGUUGCCGUCCCAGUCCUGACAAAUGCCGUACAAGUGGCUCCAGAAAAUCCGACUGCUCUGACGACGCCAGGUGUCGAUGUUCUUGAGCGGUUAGCUACACCCGAGGACGAGCAAAGCGGCGCCAUGACCAGCACAAUGUCAUCUACUCAGAACAUGGACGACUUGCUGAGUGAGGAGACCAUCAUAAGUCCAGAGAUGACUUCCACAACAGCUCAAGAUGUUGCGAAUCUGGCUCUUGACUCACUUGGCACAGAAACCUCCACCACAGCCACGGCAGACGACAUUGCCGAGCUCUUGGGCCCAGACUCCAUGGAAUCCUCUAAGGCCAGGAUAGCGAAAGCGAUAGACAGUGCCGAGGCCUUAGGGACAUCAACUACAGAAGACGUUGCACAGCUCUUAAGCAUGGACUCCGCAAGUCCAACAGCAUCCAUGACUGGAGAAACACCAAAGACCGAGAACACCCUCACAGGGGACACCGGGAACUUGCAGGAGAUCAUGCCAACAAGGUCUGUCGAUGACUAG